AUGUACCAGUGCUUCCUGAUAAUGUCCUUAAAUGCCUUCACCAAAGCCAAGAGGCCAGCCCCUUUUCUCAGACAAGUAGUUCCUGUCAAGAAAACAGUGUCAAGAGACCCUCGAUUUGACGAUCUGUCUGGUGAAUACAAACCGGAGAUCUUUGAGAAAACCUACAGAUUCAUCAACGACAUCAAACAGCGCGAGAGAGAUGUAGUGCAGAAGAAGCUCAAGAAACCAUUAAUGAGCAACCAGAAGAAGGAGAAACUUCAGUUCCUGUUGAAAAGGAUGGAGAACCAGGAGCGGGCCCGGAAGAGCCGGGAACAGCAGUGUGAGAAGGAGCUAGAGUUCAAGAGGAAACAGAGAGAGAUGGCGGGCCAGGGACUGAAGCCUUUCUUCCUCAAGAAAUCCGGCAAGAAGAAGCUGGAGCUGGCGGAGAAGUACAGCGAACUGAAGAAGAGCGGCAAGCUGGAAAACUUCCUCAGCAAGAAGAGGAAGAGGAAUGCUGGCAAAGACCGUAGGAAGCUGCCUUUCCAGCAGAAGUGACCGUCCUGAUUGGGACAUUUUGGCUUCAAAAACUGGCCCAGGAACAGUCUUGCUGUUUUGUUUGUCCUGAUGAUGAUGGGACAUUUUGGCCGCAGAAACUGGCCCAGGAAAAGUAUUGCGGUUUUAUUUGUCCUGAUGAUGAUGAUGCGACAUUUUGGCCUCAGAAGCUGUCCCAGGAACAGUUUACACAGCUUUGUUUUUUACUAAGGGUCAAUCAACCAAGGGCCACUCUUCUAACUUGAGAUGCAUGUGAGUAACUUGAACUUUGGUCUGAAAUCCCCUUAA